AUGGAGAACUCCUUUCUGAACACCCCAGCAGAGGCGCUGGACCACUUCAAUGUCUCGGAAAACUCAGGCCUGUCGCAAGAUGCCGUGCUGAAGUCUAGAAUGAAGUAUGGUCCUAAUGCCCUAGCUGAAGACCCCCCAACCCCUCUUUGGGAAUUGAUUUUAGAACAAUUCAAGGACCAGUUGGUCCUCAUUCUCCUGGGAUCCGCUGCCGUUUCCUUUGUUUUGGCCCUGUUUGAAGAAAGCGACGACUGGACUGCCUUUGUUGACCCGGCUGUGAUUCUUACUAUUCUGAUCCUUAAUGCGGUGGUGGGUGUAACCCAGGAAAGCAGCGCCGAGAAGGCAAUUGCGGCCCUCCAGGAAUAUUCGGCCAACGAGGCCAAGGUCGUGCGUGGUGGAAAAACCCAGCGUGUCAAGGCUGAGGAUCUGGUCCCCGGUGAUGUGAUCCACAUUGCCGUUGGUGAUCGUGUCCCCGCCGACUGCCGCCUGCUCUCUAUUCACAGCAACAGCUUCCGGGUUGAUCAGGCUAUCUUGACCGGCGAGAGUGAGAGUGUCGCCAAGGAGACCGAUGCAGUCAAGGAUCGUCAGGCUGUUAAACAGGAACAGGUCAACAUGCUUUUCUCGGGUACUACUGUCGUCAAUGGCCACGCUACUGCUCUGGUUGUCUUGACCGGCGGAUCAACUGCCAUCGGUGACAUCCACGAUAGCAUUACUUCCCAGAUCUCAGAGCCAACACCGUUGAAGCAGAAGCUGAAUGACUUUGGUGACAUGCUUGCUAAGGUGAUUACGGUCAUUUGCGUCCUGGUUUGGCUCAUCAACAUUGAACACUUCAACGACCCCUCCUUCGGUGGAUCUUGGACCAAAGGUGCAAUCUACUACCUGAAGAUUGCGGUCUCUCUCGGUGUGGCAGCUAUUCCUGAAGGGCUCGCUGUGGUCAUCACCACUUGCUUGGCUCUCGGAACUCGCAAGAUGGCCCAGAAGAACGCAGUUGUCCGGUCUCUGCCCUCGGUGGAAACCCUGGGUAGUUGCAGCGUGAUUUGCUCUGAUAAGACAGGAACUUUGACCACUAACCAGAUGAGCGUGGAGAAGAUUGUUUACCUGGCUAGCUCCGGCAAUGGCGUCGAGGAGAUUGAUGUGGAAGGUACCACUUUUGCACCGGAGGGCAAGCUGUCCUGCAAUGGUAAGGUCGCUGAGAACCUGGCCGUGACCUCGUCUACUAUUCGGCAGCUCACCGAGGUUACCGCUCUUUGUAACGCCGCUACAUUGUCCUAUGAUCCUAAGACCCGUGCCUUCUCAAACAUUGGUGAACCGACUGAGGCAGCCCUCCGCGCCUUGACUGAGAAGAUCGGUACCAGCGACGCCGCCACGAACCAGGACCUUUUCCGCCUUCCAGCUUCUGAGAGACUGCAUCUCGCAAGCUCGCACUACGAAUCCCGUCUUCCCCUCCAGGCCACUUACGAGUUCUCCCGUGACCGUAAGAGCAUGUCGGUUCUUGUUGGCAAAGGCAAGGAGCAGAAGCUUCUGGUCAAGGGUGCCCCUGAGUCAAUUCUGGAACGCUGCUCUCAUAUUUUGCAAGGCUCUGAAGGAUCCCAGGUCCCUCUUUCCAAGAAGCACGCCCAGCUGCUUUCUGAGCAGGUGGUUGAAUACGGUAACCAAGGUCUCCGCGUUAUGGCUGUCGCGAGUGUGAGCGAUGUGUCAGGCAACAAACUCUUGAAGAAUGCAACCUCUACCGAGGACUACGCCAAGCUUGAGCAGAACAUGACUCUUAUUGGUCUUAUUGGCAUGUUGGACCCCCCGCGCCCCGAAGUUGCGGCGUCCAUCAAGAAAUGCAAGGAUGCUGGUAUUCGUGUCAUUGUCAUCACCGGUGAUAGCCCCAACACCGCCGAGUCCAUCUGUCGCCAAAUUGGCAUUUUCGGAGCCAACGAGGAUCUCACCGGCAAGAGCUUCACGGGCCGCGAAUUCGAUAACCUCAGCGAGAGUGAGAAGAUGAAGGCGGUUGAGACCGCAUCCCUGUUCUCCCGCACCGAGCCCACUCACAAGUCCAAGUUGGUUGAUCUGCUUCAGUCCAUGAACCAUGUGGUUGCCAUGACUGGUGACGGUGUCAACGACGCUCCCGCUCUCAAGAAGUCCGAUAUUGGUGUCGCCAUGGGUACUGGUACUGAUGUGGCCAAGCUUGCUGCCGACAUGGUUCUCGCCGACGACAACUUCGCCACGAUCACCGUCGCCGUUGAGGAAGGUCGAUCAAUCUACAGCAACACCCAGCAGUUCAUUCGCUCCUAUGGGUCAAUCUUGUCACCGACGGUCUCCCUGCUACUGCUCUCUCCUUCAACCCCCCCCGACCACGAUGUCAUGAAACGCCGUCCCCGUCGCCGUGAUGAGCCGCUUGUUGGUGGCUGGCUCUUGUUCCGCUACAUGGUUAUUGGUACCUACGUGGGCGCUGCUACAGUGUUCGGUUAUGUUUGGUGGUUCAUGUACAACCCCGAAGGCCCUCAGAUCACAUACUUCCAGCUGUCUCACUUCCACCGUUGCUCUUCGCAGUUCCCCGAGAUUGGCUGUGAGAUGUUCAGUAAUGAUAUGGCCAAAUCCGCGUCAACCGUGUCCCUUUCCAUCCUUGUGGUCAUUGAGAUGCUGAACGCGAUGAAUGCCCUGUCAUCCAGCGAAUCUCUCUUCACCUUCUUCCUGCACAACAACCCGAUGCUGGUGUACGCCAUCACCCUCUCGAUGACCCUUCACUUUGCUAUUCUCUACAUUCCCUUCCUCCAGACCUUGUUCGCUAUCAUCCCUCUGAACUGGACUGAAUGGCAGGCCGUCUUGGUGAUCAGUGCUCCUGUGAUUGCGAUCGACGAGAUCCUUAAGUUCGUGGAGCGCCGCCUUGACACAUCACAUGUCACCGAUGCCGCAAUUACCCAGAAUGGCACUGCUGGCAAGCCUAAGCGCGCAUAA